AUUGGUUGAUCAUGAUUCAAACUUAUAUCCAGACUUUGAAAUUUAUAACAACCAAAAUAAUGAAAUUGAUUCAAUGGAAAAUUUUGGAGACGCUGAAAAAUACUCACAGUAUAUGGAACGAGAUUCUUAUAAGAUCUGGUUAUGCGAAAAUCCUGAAAAAAAAUAUAAGUUCUACAGAACUCUGUCACUUCAACGUGUGAAGUCACAACCCUCUCAUCCACUUGGAAAACUACGUUACACGAAGCACGAUAAGGUACUUGUUGAAAUGGAGGCGCAAUAUGUGUUGAAAAUGGAAGCAAUCCGAUAUUUGGAUGAAAUCGACUAUAAUAGAAAAGCAGUGAAAUUUGGUGAGUUUACAUCAAACAUGAAAAUCAAAUUCUGAGAAAGAAAUACCUAAAAUCUCUGUUGUAUGUUUUGCAAAUAUAACUUCUUGUUAGA